AUGCGAAUCGGCGAUCUAAAGCGAGCUGUCGAAGAUGUGAUCCUGAGACCCGAUCAGAAUACCCUCAACGAUCUCGACAAACGUGACACGAUCGCCGCGCUCGAUCUUUGCCAGCCCGAGCCGUCACCUCCACUACCUGCAUGCCAGCCGUCUGCAGCCUCAAUGAAUGCCUGUUCAUGUUCGAGUGAGACAGUACCGGUAGACGUGCCUCGUCCACCGCCACCGCUCUGCACCAGUACCAGUCUCGACACAAUCGUUAAUCGUCCCCAGCCACUGCUUUAUCGACACUCGGCUGGUGUGUCGCGGCGACAAAGUCGUGUAUUGUCAACGCUGCAGUCGAAAAGGAAACGCAGUAAUUCAUUGACGAACUAUCAGAAAACUCCUGGUACAUCCGUUUCACUACCGCCUUCUGCUCGGCAAACACCAAUGCGGUUCGGUGAUGACGAUCCUCACAGGAGUUCACUUGGUUCGUCUGACUCGCAUUCUUCGGUGGCCCGAAGUGAAGAUUAUUCACAGGAUUAUGUGGCCGAGGAAGACGAAACAGUCAUCUAUCAAUACACGGAACCAGAUGCGGCACCACCACCUUCGAAGUUCACCACACUUCCGGCGAACUUUAAUCCUUAUCUGACGUACCGUGAAACCAGGGAGGAUGAAGCGAUGGAGUGCGAUUAA